AAAGGCGUGCGCCACCAACGCCCGGCUGAAACAGGGUCUUCAUAGCCAGGCUGGCUUCGAACUCGCGGCAGCCCAACUGCUUUAGCCUCCCAUGUUUAGUGAUGAGCCAACACGGGCAGCUGUUUUUUGCUUUCUUCUCACCAGCUAAAAUGUUACUUUAGAAAGGCUUUUCUUAACAUCUCACUCUAUCGUGUUCUCCAAGAUACUUCCUAUCACACCAUCUUGUUUAAUUUCCUGUACAGACCUUAUCACUAUCUGCAAAGAUUGUUUUCACAGCCUUCAAUUGCACAGCAACGACAAUUUUAUGGGGAUAAAGCAUUUGUAAACUAUUUUCUCUAGUUCCUCAUACACUGCUGGGCAGGAAGUAAGAUAAUAAAUGUUGAAAGAAAGAAGGGAGAGACGGGGAAGGCAGGUCGAUGGGAUGGACAGGAAGGGAGAAUAAAAGGAGGGAGAUGAAGGGAGGGAGAGAGGCAGAAAGGAAAUCUUAUUUUGAGGUUGCCUGACUCAAAACGCGAUUCAAGAGGGGCAAAACUGUAGAAAUUAAGCGCCCUCUACAGGCCAGGGAGGGAAGGUACCUUAAGAAUUACCCCAGCGGACGGUAGGGGGAACGCAUGUACUUUUCUCCAAGUCCGAGAGCGAAGACUACAACUCCCAGAAUCCUUUAAGAAUUCUCUAGCGCUUGAGGGUUGGGCCAACUCGUACCUUCCCGCCUCACGGCUCUGAAGCUAAUCGGGACGCUGGACCCAAUCGGAAGGUGACCCGACUCCCGCGAGAGCAAGAAGCUCUAGCGGCGCGUAGCGACCCCAGGUGCUUUUCUCCCUGAAUUGGUUUCCCGGUGUUUGCCCUCGGUUGCGGGGUUCGGCUAACUCUUCCCGGAAGAAGAAGGCAGGCGCGGCGGGGCUCUGCAGUUCUGCACCCGAAUUCCUGGGGACUUUAAUGCAGUGUAGCCUCAGCAGCUGGUAGCCGGUGCAACGAGGCUUGCCCGGCCGCUGUUGCUCUACAGAAUGAAGACGUCGGAGGAGCGACUCGUAGUCCCGGACAGCCUCUCUUCUGACCAGGCCCCAGCUCCAGUGCCCCAAGGUUCCCCUGUGGAUGAAAAUACAGACUCUGAACCGGUGCCACAGCCUUGCGGUGGAGAUGACCGAUCCCAGGUAGCCGCAGAUUCUGUGGCUGGCUCGGUUGUGUUCCAGGAGCCGCAACAAGGGCACCCACUUCCUCUCUCCGCUCCGCUGGAAGUAGAGUUUAAUACUCCCGGUGAGUUGAGUCCUCGAAUCGAGGAGCAAGAACUGUCUGAAAAUGUGAGCCUUCCUGUAGAAGACACGAAUCAGCCUGAGUUGGCGUCAGGAGAAGACGUGGAAGGUGUGUCUGAAGAGCCCGGUCCAGUGGAUGAGGGAGACGCCUUUUGGAGCUAUAACUUCUCGCAGGUACCCCGAUACCUCAGUGGCUCCUGGUCCGAGUUCCGCGCCCACUCCGAGAACUUCUUAAAAGGUUGUAAGUGGGCUCCUGAUGGUUCCUGUAUCUUAACCAACAGUGCUGAUAACACUCUGCGGAUUUACAACCUGCCCCCAGAGCUGUACAGUGCGACAGAGCAGGUGGACUAUGCAGAAAUGGUUCCUGUCCUUCGAAUGGUGGAGGGAGACACCAUCUAUGACUACUGCUGGUAUUCUCUGAUGUCCUCCAGCCAGCCAGACACCUCCUAUGUGGCAAGCAGCAGUCGGGAGAACCCAAUUCACAUCUGGGAUGCAUUCACUGGAGAACUCCGGGCUUCCUUUCGCGCUUACAACCACCUGGACGAAUUGACAGCGGCUCACUCACUCUGCUUCUCCCCGGAUGGUUCCCAGCUCUUCUGUGGCUUCAACCGGACUGUGCGUGUCUUUUCCACUUCCAGGCCUGGUAGAGACUGCGAGGUGCGAGCCACGUUUGCAAAGAAGCAGGGCCAGAGCGGUAUCAUCUCCUGUAUAGCCUUCAGUCCAUCCCAGCCCCUCUACGCCUGCGGCUCCUAUGGCCGUACCCUAGGCCUGUAUGCCUGGGAUGAUGGUUCUCCUCUCGCCUUGCUGGGAGGCCACCAAGGGGGCAUCACCCACCUUUGCUUUCACCCCGAUGGCAACCUCUUCUUCUCAGGAGCCCGGAAGGAUGCCGAACUUCUGUGCUGGGAUCUCCGGCAGCCUGGCCACCUCCUGUGGUCUUUGAGUCGGGAAGUGACCACCAAUCAGCGCAUCUACUUUGAUCUGGACCCGAGUGGGCAGUUCCUAGUGAGUGGCAACACCAACGGAAUGGUCUCUGUGUGGGACAUCAGUGGCGCUUUCGGUGACAGCAGCAAGCUGGGACCUGUGAUGACUUUUCUGCCCCAGAAGGACUGCACCAAUGGACCUUCACCCUAGCUUGCCUCUACUGGCUACUGCUUCCGGCCAGCGCAUGUUUCCAGAGCCCACCAACAGUGGAGAUGAAGGCGAGCCAGAGGGGGAUCUUCCCCUGCUCUCCCUAUGCCACGCCCAUCCUGAAUGGCAGCUUCAGCUCUGGUG